GAAAAAAGUUUUUUCCUAUAACAUUUAUAGGAAGUAUACUGUGGAUCGCAGCCUACUCCUACCUCAUGGUCUGGUGGGCCAAUGUGGCUGGUGAUACGUUCAGCAUCCCUCCAGAAGUCAUGGGACUUACAUUUCUAGCCGCUGGUACUUCGAUACCAGAUCUUAUCACCAGUGUCAUUGUCGCGAGGAAAGGCUUUGGUGAUAUGGCCGUGUCUUCUUCUGUUGGAAGUAACAUUUUUGAUGUUACUGUUGGGUUGCCAGUGCCUUGGUUGCUGUAUGGGCUGAUAUACGGCACUCCGGUGGAGGUGAACAGUGUGGGAAUGGUGUGCUCUAUCUCCAUCCUCUUCCUGAUGCUCCUCUUUGUUAUAAUGUCGAUUGCUUGCUUCCAUUGGAAGAUGAACAAGAGUCUGGGCUUCACCAUGUUCCUGCUCUACUUUGUCUUUGUUGCGGUGUCUCUCAUGUUCGAGUACAAAGUCUUGGUAUGUCCAUUUUAGGUUGCUGCUAGAGAUUGCACGCACACAUUCACACCAAUAACAAAUUAUAUUAUAUUUUAUUUGAGAAAGCUCAUAUACAUAAUAAUAUAAAUUAGAAUAAUUCUGUGAUUGAGGAAUUAUUAAGUGGUUUUUAUAAAGUAAUUAAAAGUUUUAAUUAUAAUAGAGAAUAUUGUGAAUUCUAGAUCUGUAAUAUAUUUUAGCUAUUUUUACAUAUCCUACAGUUAAGCGUUAUGAAUGAUGAAAAUUAUUGUUAUAAAUACUCACUACGAGAAAUGUUUAUUCAUGAUGUUGUACUACUUAGAAUGUGCUCUUGUUCAUCUCAUCUCAUUCAAAACUCAAGAUUCUAAUAACACUUGUUGAUUUAUUCAUUUCAAAAAUACAACCACUUUUAAAAGCAACAGAUAAAUAGAAAUUCAUGUUGUUUUCCAUGCCGUAACACUUAAUAAUAUAACUCUAUUGAUGUUAUUAUUGUCUUUGUUAAUUCAUCCAUUUCAAAGAUACAACCACUUCCAAAAGCAACAGAUACAUAGAAAUUCAUGUUGUUUUCCAUGAGGUAACACUUUAUACUAACCCUAUUGAUGUUAUUGUUUUUCUGUUGAAAAAAAACAAGAAUUGAUAACUUUGUUGAAGAAAUCGAAGGUGUAUCAACUUAAACAGUGUUGGAUACGGUAUCUAGAUUCGGGAGAGAAAUAGCACAAGGUAUUUUGUGUUAUAGUUUGUCUUUUUUCCCCUUCCAAUCAGUUUAAUGAUGUGAUUUUUGAAGUAUAUGAAUUCUAUUUAUGACAAAAAGCAAUUUAUUCAGGGUAAUUGUUCAAACACUGAUUCACCAUUAUUUUCUCUUGGAUAAUAGAUAUUUGAGUAGAGAAAAUAGGAUAUCGUAGACAAAUAAUAUUGAUUUCUCAACUUUUGGUUUUUGGAAAUUCAUGGCCUUAGAUGCCUCUGAUAAAACUGACCCAACUACUCGUAAGUAAAUGUUUUGCCAUUUUUUUUGUCGUUGAAAGUCUUCUUAUAAUAAAAUAUAAAUUGUCAAUGAAAUAUUAACUUUAUCAAAAUUAUUGAGACAUAUUAUUGAUCUCAACAAAGAAACUAUUUUCAAAUCAUGACUGAUAUAGGCUACUCAAGCUAUGAAUGUCUUUGAUUACCACAUAACGUAUUAUCAAUGAUUAAAUCAUAGUCGAAGAUUCGAUUCUAGUAAAAUGAGCAAUACAAAUCAAGCUAAUUCUCGAUCAGCCUUUGAAACACCUUUCGAAAUCAGCCUUUGAAACAUGAUCGAAAUCAAACCUCUUUGAAACAGACCCCGUUAUUUUCAACCUGUUGCUAUUGGUUAUUGAUCGAAUGAGUUCUCCCAAGAUAUCUCUUGAGAACAUCAUCCCACAGACGUUCUAUUGUUUCCACUUUAUAAGUACUCAUCGCGAAUAAGUAUGUAAAUAAGUUAUUUAGUUGGUAAUAUCUAUUGUAAAAUAUGUGAAAUAAAUAAUGUUACCAUUAAAUGGGCUAGAUUGGAGUGAGAAAGCUCUAUUAUACACCAAUUUGAUAUAAAUUAGAUUGUUUUUGGAAAUCAAUAAUAAUAAUAAUAAUGAUAAUUAUGACGACGAUAACAAUUUAAUUUCCCAAUUGGCCUACUUAUAAAUUUUAGAAGAAGAUAACUCUUCAAUUCAGUAUUCAAGAAUUUUUCCUGUAGGCUACUUUGAUUAAUUAGGAGAAGCAUUUACUGGAUGAGAAUCCAAAUAAGAUUAAUAAUAAUAUAAUAUUAAUUGAAUUGUUAAAUAUACAUUUUUUAAUAUUGUUACCAAUAAUGUGAAGAAAUGAUAAACACGAAAAAUAAUUCCAACAACUUAAGAUAAUUAAUUCAAAGUAAGGUAUUGUAAGGUUUAUUCAGGUAUUCAAUAAAUUAAGCUGAGCAUUAAGCUGUUCGAAAUAAAAACUUAAAAAUGCGGAAUCCUUGACUUGGAAACAGACAAGAAGCUGAAUUUAGAAGACGAUUUUGCAAAUAAAUUAAACUGUUUGUGACAGAAAAGGACCUCUUCAUUCUUAGAUAAUGUUCAUAACAUCAAUGCAUUUCUUAAUUUCUCACUUUUUUGAUCUGCCUUCUUCAAAUUAUUAUAAUUCCUCUACAUCCAUGACUCAUCCCAUAACACUCAUUCAAAUAAUAUUAUGAUUCUUUUUUUACCUCAAAUCCUCUAACAACUGUAUAUUUAGAGUUUACAGUACAUUUUAUAAACUCACAAGUAUAAUAUUAUAAUUAUUAUUAUUUGAUUUUAAUUUCUUACAUUGAAAAUUGUAUCAAGAAUAAAUCUGUAAUUAUUGAUAUUUAUAAUACAGUUCUAAUGUCAAUAGAGUAGCCUUUGUAAUCGCCUUAUUUUAUGUUAGAAAGCAGCUAUAAGAAUUCUAACAGCUUGCAUUACAUUCAACAUGAUAUGAUGAUUAUCAAAUGAAUGGAUCACUAAUCUAUUGAAUAACUCCAUAAACCUUUCUCAAAAGUAUAGAUUUAAUAAGAAUGUUAUCGAUUAUAACACGAAUAUAUUUUUAAUUUAUUGUUGAAAUUUAAUUACUAAAAAUGACAAGUGAGGUAAAUUGUAGCUAAGACUUUAAUGUAAAUCUGGAAUUGUAAAAUUAGUUACCUCAUAUAUUCUACUGUAAAUGACAUAGUUGAAGUACCUAUACUCCUAGUGUGUCAGAAAUCAAAUAUACUCCUAACUACACUUCACAAGAAGCCAGAUUUGUACAGUUUCUCAAAUAAUUCAGAGAUUUUAGAAGACAUAGCAUAGGGUGCGAAUAUUCACUCGAUUGUGGUAGGUGCAAGUGUACAUAUGUAAUAAAUAAAUAAUGAUCUGGUUGUAUGAUCCGCGCCAAAAAAUAUAAACUUUUGUGGCAUGUUGUUAUUUUUGCUCGCAUAAACAAAUGUUACAACUUUUAAAACAUACUUCCAUAUCAAUGUUGUUGAAUUGUAAAUUUGGUGUUGCUUGAUUAUUUUUUACAAUAAUUAUAGUCUAAUAAUAAUACGAUACUGUAAUAAUAAUGAUUCAUAAUACAAAACCACUCUAUUAAUGUGGAAAGGAUAAAAUUAAUUUUAAGCGUUUUAGACUGGAAAUUAGCUUUUUAAAAAGUGAAUUUUUCUAGCUACAAAGCUGUUAUAGAAAUAGAAAUGGUUGAGUAAUUUUAAUUAUUGUCAUCAAUGAUGAAGGUAAUCAGUUCCACUUCUCCAUGCAUUCUGUAGUGUCAAGUCGUUAUCAUACGUUAAUUAUUGUGAAAUAUAAAGUGAUUUUGCCAAGAUGUAAGCAAUAAGACCUUCAAUUCAAUGUAAAUUCCGAGUGAAGGUGUGUGCAAGUGUAAUUACAGAUUACAUGUACUGUCUAUUAUUAUAAUUUCUCAAUAUAAAGCUUUCAAUUAAAGUAUCACAUUUAAAGAUAUAAUCUAACACGUAAUGUGUGAUGUGUGCGUGUGUGUGUGCGUAUUAAAAAGUGUUCGUUUAGAAAUUGGUUGUAAUGUGCAGAAACAAUAAAACAAGACAAGUGGUUAGUUUAUAAAUAGGAGUUGAUAAUUUUAAUUUUUAAAGCUAAGCUUAGUUGUUGAAUAUAUUGUUCAGGUGGAAUUUUUGAGCCUAAUUGAUUAAAUAUACAGAGUUGCCGUUCAAACACAGAUUUCUCUGGAUGAUAUCCUGUUCGAGAAAACGUUUUUUUACAAAAUAAUAUCAAUCAUAUUUCAUUUAGUGGACUUGAAGAAACAUGGUAAUACUAACUUAUGACAUACUGUAUCUUCUUCAAAAAAGUAUACCAUAUAAUAAAGAGCGCAAUUCAUUCAGAAUGCGCAAAAUCAAUUAUUACUUUUUUGAGAGCUUGUUAAAGAGGAUAAGAUGUGAUACGAAAAUCAAUGGGAAGACGGUCUCUUGAAGACUAGAAGAAAAAUACAGUAUACGUAUCACCAAAAUUGUGCUCAGAAUAUUUAAUAGUAACUCUUGGAAGAUUUCAAAUAAAAUUUUGAAGGGACAGAGUUCAAUAAGUAUUGAAUCAGAGAAUUUGGCUAUGAUAAACCUUAGGAUUAGAGUAAAAAAUGUCUACUCUUUUCAUAAAAUAUUGUAAUCUCUUUAUAAUCUUCCGAUUCAAUAAGUAUCUCGAAUAGUUGUUGGAUUGAAAUUUGAUAUAUUAUUAUAGAAUUGUUCAAUUUGGCCACUUCAUUGUACAUUUAUCCAAAACGAUUAAUUUACUGGAUAGCACAUUUCUGAUAGUUUCGGAAGUGCCAGUUAAAAUUAGACUCAAAUUUAAGAUAAGUGGAUAUUCAAUCAAACCGUGCUAUAGAAAACGCACAACAUUCUUUAUUCUCAAAUUGUACACCCAUCAUUUAGAUGAUUAAGAGAAAAAAAAGACAAAUAUUGAGCUAUUUCUUUCUCCUUGAGCUAAACUAGAACAAAAUUUACCUAAUUCGAAAUGCUUGACUUCCAAUGCAUCUAUUAUAGUAUGUGUAGUCUGAGACCCCCAAAUAGCCAGUAUUUGGGCGUUUCGUCAAGCGGUACAAGACUUUAAAAAAUGGAAUGAAUGUUAUAGAACACAAUCUAAAUCAAAAUUUGGAAUAAGUUAAUCCAUUCUGAUGGACUUAUAAAAAUACUAAAAAUAUUGACUAUAAUGAAGUGGUAUUCAUAAUUCAACAACAUCAAUUUCAAGAAUAGAUUAGAUACUGAAAAUCUUAAUUCAAAAUGAAAUUCAUGCUUUUUCUAUGAAACAGUUAUUCAGGAAUAGGAAAGCUACAUGUAUCAAAGCUUUUGAUACUUCCGUAUCAGUUAA